GAGAGAUCGAUAUUGUUAGUGAGAAAUGGAAGGCACCUCCUGUUUCCGGCUGGCACUGGACAACAAAGCCGGAAGUCUUUCUCGUCAUACAGUCGAUAGAAGAGUCUACCAAACAUGGCGGACGCUGCUCCAGCCGGUGGACGAGGGGGUUUUCGUGGUGGUUUUGGUUCCAGAGGUGGUCGUGGAGGCCCAAGGGGUCGGGGUCGUGGUAGAGGACGUGGCAGGGGCCGUGGAGGCAAAGAAACUGAGAAGGAAUGGGUUCCUGUUACUAAGCUGGGUCGAUUGGUGAAGGAUGGGAAAAUACGCUCACUUGAGGAAAUAUACCUGUUCUCACUGCCGAUUAAGGAGUUUGAAAUAAUUGAUUUCUUCCUUGGCACCUCUUUGAAAGAUGAAGUUCUUAAAAUCAUGCCAGUACAGAAGCAAACUCGUGCUGGUCAGAGGACAAGAUUCAAAGCAUUUGUUGCUAUUGGUGACUCUAAUGGGCACAUUGGGCUUGGUGUGAAGUGUUCCAAGGAAGUUGCUACAGCUAUUCGUGGAGCUAUUGUUCUUGCAAAGCUGUCUGUUGUGCCAGUUCGAAGAGGUUACUGGGGUAACAAGAUUGGAAAACCACACACAGUGCCCUGCAAGGUCACAGGAAAAUGUGGCUCUGUUCAGGUGCGUCUCAUUCCAGCACCUCGUGGUACAGGUAUUGUGUCAGCACCAGUACCAAAGAAGCUCUUGCAGAUGGCAGGUAUUGAAGAUUGCUAUACAUCAGCUCGUGGCUCAACUGGAACCCUAGGAAACUUUGCUAAGGCAACGUAUGCUGCUAUUGCAAAAACGUACGCAUACCUGACUCCAGAUUUGUGGAAAGAGGAGCCCCUCACGAAGACACCCUAUGAGGAAUUUGCAGAUUACUUAUACAAGAAUAAUCGCCCUGUUGCAGGUUCCAAUCCUCAGCGUGAUGUAUAAGGACUCUGUAAAUUCCAGAUGGAUGAGAUUCCUUGUACAAAUGUUGCAUUUUAUAAUUUGAAUAAAUGAUACUUGAAAGAAA